AUGGUUUCAAUUGGCCCUUAUCAUCAUGGCUUACCUGAACUCCGUGCGUCAGAAAAAAUCAAGCAUAUAGUUCUGAAAGAAUUGGUUUCAAGCAGCUAUGCAGACAUCUACAACAAGAUUUUUGAAAAAAUCGACCAGGUUAGAAAUUGUUAUGUUGGAAUUUCUAAAGAUAAAUAUAACGAUAAGUCACUGACUGAAAUGAUGCUUUUAGACACCUGUUUCCUCAUGUAUCAAAUGAAAGCUUCGUUAGACGUCUUAUAUUUUCACUUCUUUAUAAAACAUUUUGGAGUUUCUGCCACAGCUUUGGCAUUUCAGGAUAUAUAUUUACUCGAGAAUCAAAUUCCACUGUGGCUGAUUAAGAGAUUGAUCAAUUUAAUUAACAAUGACGAGGAAGAAGAAUCAACAUUAAUUGACAAUUUCUUAAGUCGAACUGCUUUUGGCGAUGCAAGUCUUAAAAGCAUUCCUCGUAAAAAGAAUGAGGAACCACUUCAUUUACUGGAUGCACUUCACGUAGUGCUUGUCAAUGGAUCGAAUAAUUCAAGAGAACCUGUCCAACCAUCUUCUAAAUGCACAUGGCUCCACCGAUGGCCGUGUAUGAGGAAAGAAUAUCAAAGUAAAUUUGGAAUGUUCAGUAAUCAAUUUCGUUCAGUGACUGAUCUGAAAGCAAAAGGCAUCUACGUAAAACCAAGUUCACAUUGUUUGAAGGAUAUUAACUUCGAAUCCUACACAUUUUCUGGACAACUUCAACUCCCUAUUUGGUAUUUCAGUUCAGAUUCCAGUCGACUUUUGACAAACAUAAUUGUGCAUGAAUUUUCUAUGGGAAAUAUGGAAGGCAUGGUUACAUUACUUUAUGUUAAUUUCUUGAAAUCACUCGUCGUUGGAGUUGAAGAUGUGAGAGAACUACGCGAAAAAAGGAUAAUAUUCAGCAGCUUCGAGACUGAUGAACAAGUUUUAAAAGUAAUCAAGGAAAUUGAUACUGGAGGGAUUCACAAUUUUCCAUUUCUUGAUGAAGUGAAAAAGAAAAUUGACGUUCACUGCAGUAGUAAGGCAAGGACAUGGAUUGCUGAGUUUAUUCACAUUUAUUUCCGCAGUCCAUGGACUCUUAUUGCCUUAAUCACGGCGAUUUUUCUUCUUUGCUUAACUGUUGUCCAGACCUAUUACGCAAUGCAUCCUGCAUCUCCCGCUCCUGCACGGUCAAUAACACAAUCUAUGGAAGAAAAUGAAGAAAUCACUCGAAAAAGAGUUGAGAGAACAGAGAGCCUUUUUCAGAAAUCAGAACUGAAUCUCAGUGCCAAAGGCCAACAAACAAAAUGUGUAAAAGAGGCAACAAGUGAUCACAGCCAUUAA